CCCACUGGCCGUUACCAUCUUAAGGCUGCCGAUGCCCGGGAUCUGGUCAAAUUCUCCUUCGUCUGCCUCUGUACGCUUUUUCUGUACACCUUCGACAGUUCUAUCGCCUACCAUGAAAUACGCACACAGUCUGUGAUAAAGAUUUACAUUUUCUUCAACCUCUUAGAGGUCGCUGAUAGGCUUCUCUCCGCGGUCAAUUUGGAUGCCAUCGACGACAUCCUCUUCACUGUGAAGGCAAAGGUUGUGUCUGGAAGGCCCAACACCGCAUGUGGCUCAAAGUCCGCAUGUGCCGGCGACAAUCAACAGGCUCCGGGCAACAAUCCUGGCAGCACUUCUGUAACCUGGGGUUCUUUCAUCCUGCAGUACACUUUUGCCCUUCUUUGUGUGGCGGCUCACUGCCUCCUUCUUUUGGCGCAAGUCACCACACUCAACGUGGCUUUCAAUUCACAGAAUCGGUCGUUGCUCACUGUUAUGAUUUCCAACAACUUUAUCGAACUAAAGAGCAAUGUCUUCCGAAAAAUGGGCAAGUCCAACCUCUUUCAGAUCGCCUGCGCUGAUGUCCGCGAGCGCUUUCACUACUCCGUAUGGCUCUUCAUAAUUGUGUGUAGAAAUAUGUCAGCGACUGGAUGGCAGUCAGGUGAGGGAGAAAAUGAGUCCUUUCUACAUUGA